CGGCACCGGCACCGCGAGCAGCCGCGGCUCACCGCGCUCCGCCGAGCGGGGAAGGGACAUUAAAGCCACCCAGAGCCACCCCGGCCAUGGCAGGGACGCCUCCGCUGUCCCAGGCUGCUCCAAACCCAUCCAGCCUGGCCGUGGGCACUGCCAGGGAUCCAGGGGCAGCCACAGCUGCUCUGGGAAUUCCAGCCCAGCCAGGAAUUCCCAGUCUCCCAUCCAGCCCUGCCCUCUGGCACUGGGAGCCAUUCCCUCUUUUCUAACUCUUCUGCUUCAAGUCCGUUUUCAUGCUUUGCUUCACAGCUUCUUUAGAAAAAGCUUUUUUUCAGCUCCCUGAUGCAAUGUUGGUUUUCGACCUUAAAUUCCAUGAAAUUGUUGUUCUCAUGGAAAAAAAAAAUGGAGAAUUCUCUUGUUUUCUUGGACAAAACCAUCACUGUGCUCACCGUGGCUUUCAAAGCACAGAGCAGGGCACAGGCACCAUCUCCCCUUAUUUCAAAUACCUCUGUGUUUAUUCACUGUUCCCAGAGGAUUUGUAAAGUGUUUUUACCAGAAAAAUCGCAUUAUCACUAAAUUCUGGUGUCCUUUUUUUCUGUGCAUGUUGCAGGAAUCUUUUGUAGCCCUACAGCAGAGAAAAGUAAGACAGGCUUUCUAAAACCUCUGAGUUCUUACCUGAAACUUUAGGGUCAGGCUGUGUAAAUAGAAGCAAAUAAUGUUGGUUUAGAAAAUCCUUUUCCCUUUCUGUUACCUGAAUCUAAAGAAAGCAGCCUUAAUUUUAUGAACCUGUUAAAUGGUUAAAUAAGAAGGGAGAACACCAAACCCAGUUUGGGGUUUUUUCCUGUUAAAAGCCAAUGUGCUCUGUAUUUUGCAAAAAAUUGAGGCUUUUGUAUUAGAUUCAGAAUAACUUCUGCUUCCUUUACUUAGAAUUUUUCUGCUGAAGAGUGAGAAAUGGAAAAGUUUAUCUCUAAAUAUUACAGGUUCCUCUUAAGCUCUCCAACUCCAGAGCCCAAAUUUAAGAUGUUUCAUCCCUUUCCCAUAGUUUUUUUGCCAUAUUUUUAUUACUUCGCUACAGAAAAGCUUCUUAACUCUCAAAGAUGAACAAAAACUUGGUGGAAAGGAGAUUUCCAAAGCCUGGAAUAUUGCUUAUGUGAAAUCCCCCUGCUUGUGCUGUGCCAGGAGCUGGAUUUGCUGCACUCAGCCAGCUCAGGAGUGGAGUUGGGAAACAUCAGUGCAGAGCAUUCACCCCUGGAGCAGAAAUAACAAAUCCUGGGUGUUUUCUGGGGUUUGUUUCCCUUCAGCAGGUCUGAGCCUGCUUCCCUGGAUCCGCCUCAGCUCCCGUUUCCUCGGAGCUCUGACUCUUGAGGGGCAUCAGCACAGUUUAAACUCCUUUCCCAGCAUUGUCUCUGGGGCUGAGGCUUCAGGCUUGGGGCAGGAAAUUGCAUCCUGAGCUCUUCCAAGUAAUUUUUGGCUUUCUUUUAUUUAUUCUUUUUUGUUUCAGGGUUUCUCAACAAGAGGUCUGGAGGUCUGACAUGGCCCUAGGGAGGUCUGGUGGAGGGGAUUGUGCUUUGUGCUUGAGAGCAAAGAAAUCCUGCCUGUAACUUCAUUCUGGUGUGCAGCAUUGAUUUCACUUGGUCCUUACAGAUCUGGAGGACUUUUUGGACUUAAUUCCCAUUUCAGUUAUCUUGGAAAUGCCACAAAUCUGCCUGGAAUGAGGGGAAAUUCUGUAGCUGAAUGUGUGUGUUAGACUGGCUGAGAUAAUGAGGGCUGCUGGUCUCAAAAUCCCAGGCUGGUUUGGGAUAGAAGGGACCUUAAAUCCCAUCCCAUCCACCCCUCCCACUGUCCCAGGCUGCUCCAAGCCCCAUCCAGCCUGGCCUGGGACAUUUCCAGGGAUCCAGGGGCAGCCCCAGCUUCUCUGGAUAACCUUGGAUCCAAAGGUGCUUGAUGUGCAUCUUCCCCAGCUCUGGAAGGUGGCACAGCAGGAGUUGUGCUUGGAAUGCUUAAGGAAAAUGAUCAUUUUUGUUUUCACAUGCAGUCAAUUCAGUUUGACCUUUAAUGUCUUUAUUUCUCCCACAAUUCCAUCCAGGAUUAUCUCCAAUAUCUUUGUUUUCUCCUACUGGGUGCUUAUAGCACAUUGUGUGCUCUAGUUCUGAGCCCCCUCAGAUUUGGUCUAAACAAACACAUUUAGGAGCAGAGUUGUCUUUGAGGUGCCAAAUGUGUCCCUGGGCCUGGGCAAGUGACAGCUGGGAACACCAGGACACCCUCUGGGCUCUCAGAACUCCAAGGCAGUUCUUUUCUUUUCCUUCCAUGCUUGCAAUGUGCUUUUUAUUUUAGAGUUCACUUUUCAGCUCGGUGCCUGUCAGCUGCACAUCAGCUCGAGCAGAGACUUGAUGGAAAAUCUAGAAGAGAAAUAUUUGGUCACAGAUGUUCCUAGAAGUGAAUCAAAAUUUGCCUCUUUGCUGCUGGCACAGCCAGAGCUGUGUGUGGCCACGAGCACUGACUUCACCUUCCUUUUGCUGAGUUCAACCCCAGCUUCCAUCCUUUCCUUUCCCAGAAACUUCCAGGAACUAUUGCCUCAGGCAAAUGCGAUCAAUUUAAAGACUUUCCUUUCAGCCGUGAGACUGGCUCACCAAGGCAACGACACCGGCGUCCUCCCUCUCUCACCUCUGGUCCCAGCGAAGAACUCCGACGUGGAGAAACCCAAAACCAAAAUGAUCAUCACUUCCAGGAGGGAUUAUCCCCUCGCCAAGAGCUUCCCUUUCUCCCUGGAGCACCUGCAGACCUCGUACUGCAAGCUGGCCAGGAUCGACAGCAGGGUGCUGUGCCUGAAGAAGCUGCGCAAGCUGGACCUGAGCCACAACCACAUCAAGCAGCUGCCGGCCACGCUGGGGGACCUGGUGUGCCUGCAGGAGCUCGACCUGCACGACAACCACCUGGAGGCCUUCAGCGGGGCCCUGUGCAGCUCCGGCCUGCAGAAAUCCCUGCAGCUGCUGGACCUGAGCCAGAACCAGAUCCGGGCGCUGCCCCUGGAGUUCUGCCAGCUGCGGGGCCUGGUGCGGCUGCGGCUGGACGACAACGCCCUGCUGCGCCUGCCCUGCCGCAUCGGGCAGCUGAGCCGCCUGCGCUUCCUGUCGGCCGCGCGCAACAAGCUGCCCUUCCUGCCCUCUGACUUCAGGAGGCUCUCCCUGGAGAACCUGGAUCUCUUCGGGAAUCCUUUCGAGCAGCCCAACCUGCUGGUUCCCAACAUCCAGCUGAAGAUCCCGCUGACUCUGUUGGAGUGUGCUGCCAGGGCCACGGUCAACCACAGAAUCCCUUAUGGCUGCCAGCUCCUCCCUUCCCACCUGUGCAAGGAUCUGGAGGUGGCCAAGACGUGUCGCUGCGGGAGCGCCUGCCUGAGCAGCUUCAUCCAGAUCACGGUGACCAUGAACCUGCACCACGUGGCGCACGCCGUGGUGCUGGUGGACAACAUGGGCGGCACGGACGCGCCCGUGCUCUGCUACUUCUGCUCCCUGCACUGCUAUUCCCAGUUCCUGGACAGGCACCUGCAGAGCCACGGCUGACGGCGGCGGGGCACGGAGCGGCACCCGCCGUGCCACCGGAGACGUCCUGGCACCGAGGGGACGCGGCCGGGCCGGGCCUGGCCUGGCUGUUGUCCCCCUUUGGGAGGGAGGAAACAUGGCCUGGCCUGGCCUGGCUCUUGUCCCAUUCCAGGAGGGAGGGGACACAGCCUGGCCUGGCCUGGCCUGGCUCUUGUACCCCUCUGAGAGGAGGGGACACGGCCUGGCCUGGCCUGGCUCUUGUCCCAUUCCAGGAGGGAGGGGACGUGGCCUGGCCUGGCUCUUCUCCCAUUCCAGGAGGGAAGGGACACAGCCUGGCCUGGCCUGGCCUGGCUCUUGUACUCCUCUGAGAGGAGGGGACACGGCCUGGCCUGGCUCUUCUCCCAUUCCAGGAAGGAGGGGACAUGGCCUGGCCUGGCUCUUGUCCCAUUCCAGGAGGGAGGGGACAUGGCCUGGCU